UCGGAGGAAGAUUUGUCCUCUUGCUAGCAUCUUCUCUUUACCAGCCAAGCUCCUCAUUAUUAUCAACUUUAUCAUACCCAAGAAUUCCAAGUGGCAUUCACCUACAUGAGGGGCAACAACUAAGAAAACCCUCAACAAGCUUUACUUUAACCGAGGACAUAAAUUAGCAUUGUUCACAUCACAACUCUCUUUCCAAGAACAAAGAGGAGAUUCCAUUCUCAAUCAUUGGAAAACUCUCCCAGUCUAUAAAAAACAUCGCUGUCUUUCUGUCCUUUUGUUUCGCAUCCAAGCGAGUGGGGAAUGAUUAAAUGGGAAAGAUAAAAACAAAGCAACCCCUUUCAGCCCAUUGAAGCAAAACUGCAGUCCAAUGCUCUCAAACUCCAUAAUCCCAAAGAGUAGAUUCAUUCACUGAAGAGAAAUAGGCAUUGGAGAGAGAGAGAGAGAGAUGGGUGUUGAUCGAUACAUCACCUCAAUAAACUCUCCAAGGAAGAGAUCCACUACCCUGCAGUUUCUGUUCGAUCACGACUCACGAAGCCCAUCGCGCAGCAAUAGCCCAUCUCAGAGCAUCAAUUGGAGGCAGCACUCUGUGGAAGAAGAGAUGCUCUCACUGAUAUCGUAUUGUUCCUUUGUCUUCACUUUCACUGACCCUGUAGAGUCUCCUUCACAGCAAGACCAAAAGAGGUUUAAGCUCAACCAACUCCUCUACCUGGUGAAGACCUCGAAGAAGCCAUUGGACUCUGAAGUAUUGGAGCCCCUGAUGUCGAUGAUCUCGGCCAACCUCUUCCGGCCGCUCCCUCCACCUUCCAACCUCUCAUUCAUAUCGGACUUGCCUGACGAUGAGGGCUUCAUAGCAACCGCUUCGCCUGCGUGGAUUCACUUCCAGGUCGUGUACGACAUUCUCCUCCGGCUCGUCACAACCGCAGACCCAAAGAGGCUGCGAGACCAAGUCGACCGACCUUUCCUUCUGAACCUUCUCGCGCUCUUUCAGUCUGAGGAUCCCAGAGAGCGCGAGAGCCUGAAGAAUGUGUACCACAUGAUAUACUCAAGAUUUACCUUCCACCGUUCUUUCAUGAGAAAGUCAAUGAACGACGUGCUGCUGAAGUAUAUUUUUGAGACGGAGAGGCACUGUGGCAUUGGUGAGCUGCUCGAGAUUUACGGGAGCAUCAUAAACGGGUUCACGGUCCCUCUCAAAGAAGAGCACAAGCUGUUCCUGAUCAGAGUGCUCAUUCCCAUGCACAAGCCAAAGGGCAUGCUGAUGUACCACAAGCAACUGAGCUAUUGUGUGUCUCAGUUUGUGCAGAAAGAGCCUGUGCUUGGAGGGAUUGUUGUGAGGGGGAUUUUGAAGUAUUGGCCUGUCACUAACUCUCAGAAGGAAGUCUUGCUCAUUGGAGAACUGGAGGAGCUUGUGGAGAAUAUUGACCCUGAUCAGUACAGGAAGUUGGCUCUGCCCUUGUGCACGCAUGUAACAAGGUGCUUGAAUAGUUUAAAUUCUCAGGUUGCGGAGCGGGCACUUUAUGUGUGGAACAAUGAACAAUUUGUGAAGAUGGUAUUGUUGACCCUGGAUGAAGUCUUCCCUGUGGUAGUUGAAGGCAUGGAGAAGAAUCUAAAGCGGCAUUGGAGCUGCAGCGUACGACAACUCACGGAGAACGUCAAGGAAAUGUUGGAAGAGAUGGAUCCGAUACUGUACUACAAGUGCAUCCUGGAGAUGGAGCGACGAGAAUCCACAGCUCGCAAGGAGGAAGUCAAGAGGAAGGAGAAAUGGGAGAGAAUAGAAUCAAAAGCAGCAAAGAAUCACUUCUUGUGAACCCCUGUACCCUCAAGAAUGUACAUCUAUAUACACUGAAGAUAAUACAAAAGAACAAUCACUGGCUGAAGUUAUCGCAGGAUAUUAUUUAGCAACACAGUAACACAGAUAAGCUCUGUCUCUGCUAAUUUGA